CAACAUUCCUAUUAAUACUUCGGGUCCCCUCAGCAAAGUCAGGACAGCCUCUGUUAUUCUCGCUCGCCCAUCUCGUGAAAUGCCUAGCACGCUAAUGCUUGUUAGCACCACCUCGAACUGCUCGUCACUCUCCCGAUUCAACCAUAAGGAGGAAACUGAACCAGGUAGCAUGCCUCAUUCAGCACGAUCCGUAGACGAGGACGAUGACCUCACAAUCCGUCCUAGACGCAAACCGCCGCCAAAAAUUCCCAAACAACAUGUCAUUACAAACACGAUCACAUCCUACCUAUCCAAAUCCGACAGUCGCGAAGAGGUGGUCUCGGUCACGAUAAACAGCUCACCGGAGCUGUCUUUCAUCUUACACAAACCCCUCCGAAAUCGACUAUCAUACGAAAACAAUCCAUGCGAAGCUAUGCAAGACUUCAUGGACGCACACGAAUUCUUCACGAUUAUCACGAACCCACAGACGAAGAACUACAAAGACGUACUUCCUUUCCUCAUCACGAGAAGAAGGAAGUUUUUCGAGAAGCGUCUGUGGGCCGUACGAGCUACGUUAAAAGCCAUGAAUGGGGAAUGGAGUACCCUGGGUACCUCCCCUUCGAUUCAUGAGGAGUUUUCGAGUUUUAGCAAUAUCGCAUGCUUGCGGUUUGGUGCACUGCCACCUGUGGACGUGCUCAUUAAGCUGUCUGUCGAGAUCCAGACAUGCGCGCGCGUCAACAUCGAUGUAGUACCAAUGGAGCGGCUGGUACAGAUUUUUGACCGCAUGUUUGAGGAUUGUCAUCUGUUUUUGCGAUCGCGCACGGUUGCGAAGGCGGCACCGAGGUCAGGGGCUGCUGCUGCCAAGUCCGCUAUGGAGAGAUUUCUACCGCUUUCAGGCGGCGUUGAUUAUUUGAUAAAGUUUUGUAGGAAUACUUUUCCUGGUCAAGAGAUUCGUUACCAGUGGACCGAUAGGGGUCGUUUCGAGGAUUAAGCCGGGCUGGCAGUAAUAGGAAGGACAAUACAACGUCUGUAGCAAUAGUACAGGAAGCAAUAGGCACUUUAGAAUACCUUGUAUU